AUGGGGAUCAAGGCAGCCCUGCCCAGAUAUGAGCUGUACUUCUAUAACACAGUGGUCUAUCUGGGCUUGUUGUGGGCUGCCAGCUGGAUCUUUGAUGUGUCCAGCGCAAAUGCAAACAGAAAGACGUUCAAGUCCAGCGUGACACCAGGAUGGUACUACUUCGGGAGGAGGAUGGAUACGGCUGACUUUGAGUGGGUGAUGUGGUUUUCUACGUUCCGGGACCACAUCCUCUUCGCCCUGUCUGGUCAUGUGAUCUUCGCUAAGAUCUGCUCCAUGCUGGCUCCACAGGUGGAUUUACAUCUGCAAAUCUAUCUGGGUCUAUCUGGGUCUGUCUGGCAUAGGUCCCUGAUGUACAUGUGUUAUGGUACCCUGGCGGUGCUGGUCACUAUGGGUUGGACCUACACCACUCUGAUCCUGUCCCACUGUGUACUGCUCUACAGUAUCUCUCUGGUUAAACUGCGCUGGCUCUGCUUCCUAGCUGGACUCACCACCCUGUCCACAUUCAAGAUGGAACCAUUCAUAUCCUGGCAG